AUGAAGCUCCUCAACCUCUUCAGCGGGCUGCUUUGCGCCUCGUCUGCGCUUGCUUUCAAGAAGCCAACCAAGCAUACGCUUCCGCGGUCUGUCGUCGAGAGGCGGGCGGCCAACCAGCCCUUCUCUCACCCCAAGAUUCAGAAGCGCGCCUCCCAGUUCUUGACGGACAAGACCAAGGCUUUCGCUGUCAAUGGCACUGACUUCCCUGAAGUGCCGUUCGACAUUGGCGAAUCCUACGCGGGAUUGCUUCCCAUCUCCGACAGCCCCGACGAGACUCGCGAGCUUUUCUUCUGGUUCUUCCCGACCACAGCGGCGCAGACCCCUGAAGAGGUGGUCAUCUGGCUCAAUGGCGGACCCGGAUGCUCUUCUCUGUCCGGUCUCCUCACCGAGAACGGCCCUUUCACUUGGGAAGACGGCACGCUCGCUCCCGUCCAGAACACCUACGCGUGGACCAACUUGACCAACAUGCUGUGGGUCGAGCAGCCCGUUGGUGUGGGUUACUCACAGGGAACACCCAACAUCACCGACGAGGUCCAGCUCGCGGCCGAGUUCCGCGGGUUCUACAAGAACUUUGUCGACACGUUCCAGACCAAGACCUGGAAGACCUACAUCACCGGAGAGUCCUACGCCGGAUACUACGUUCCGUACAUUGCAGAUGGUUUCAUUUCCGCCAACGACACCGACUACUUCAAUCUGGCCGGUAUCUCGAUCAACGACCCCAUCAUCGGCGACGAGACCCUCCAGCAGGAGGUCGUCAUCCUGCCCUUUGUCGAGUUCUGGAACAACCUCUUCUACCUCAACGAGACCUUCCUCGAGCAGGUUCGCGACCGCCAGGACUCGUGCAACUACUCCUCCUACCUCGACACCUACUUCCAGUUCCCGCCGCCCCAGAAGCCCUUCCCCGUCCUGCCCGACCCCUACUACAGCGACACGUACGCCUGCGACAUGUUCGACACCCUGUACGAGGCCCUUCUCGAGGUCAACCCCUGCUUCAACAUCUACCACGUCACCGAGACCUGCCCGCACCCGUACUCCCAGCUCGGCAUCGUGAACAGCGGCGACUACUCCCCGCCCGGCGCCGAGAUCUACUUCAACCGCACCGACGUCAAAAAGGCGCUCCAUGCGCCCCUCAACUCGAACUGGGAGCAGUGCACCGACGUCAACGUCUUUGGCAACGGUUCCAAAGACGGUUCAGGUUCUGACCAGUCCAACGGCCCGGCCAUCACCGGCGCCUUGCAGCGCGUCAUCGAGUACACCAACAACACCAUCAUCGGCUCCGGCGACCUCGACAUGCUCCUCAGCACCAACGGCACGCUCCUGGCGAUCCAGAACUUGACCUGGAACGGCGCGCAGGGACUGUCAGAGUACCCCAGCACCCCCGUCUUGGUCCCGUACCACCCGGAUUACAACGGUGGCGCGCUCGCGGGCGCGGGUAUCCAGGGUGUGUGGACCGCUGAGCGUGGCCUGACGUUUUACACUGCUCGUCUCGCCGGCCACGAGUUGCCCGGUUACGCGCCCGGCGUCGCGUACCGCAUGCUGGAGAUUCUGCUCGGAAAGAUUGAUAACUUUAGCAAUACCGGCGACUUUACUACCCAGACUGGUAACUUUACCGGAAACGGUACUAUUUACAAGAGGCACUACUAG